UACAGUGCAUUGGCUAUUGUUGCUGCCUCAAGUCUUCGAAGAGAUACUCAAAUCUCAUUUCUAGGGUUUGUACUUUGCCAAAGAAGAUGAACUCUUCACUCACUUCAUUGUGCUAAUCGAGUUCAAUAAUUUCAUAUUCCAUUACUUCAUUGCAAGAUUGGAUUGGAUUUGAUUUGAUUAUUGACAAAUUGUAGCCAAAACUCUGAAAUUGAACUUUCGAUUUCUACUCUGAAACUGUACGAAUCGGAGAGUUUGGGAUUUUUCGAUGGAGAGGUCUAGAUCCAAAAGGAAUUACUACUAUGACCAUGAAUAUGAUUCUGAAACCUUUGCGAGAACUAGACCACGCUAUAACCACCACCACCACCAUAGCAGCUCCUACCGCCACCGUGGUGCCGGGGACCGCGGCGGCGGACGGCAUCAUCUUAAGACCUAUGACUCACCGUUAACGGUGACUACUAGUUACCGCAUUCUUUGCCAUGACAUGAAGGCCGGCGGGGUGAUUGGGAAGUCCGGUAGUAUUAUUAAGUCAAUUAGGCAGCACACCGGCGCGUGGAUCAACGUGCAUGAACCGGUAGCUGGGGAUGAGGAGCGGAUUAUCGAGAUUUCUGACACGCGCCGGCGGGAUCCGGAUGGGAGGAUGCCGUCAUUUUCGCCGGCGCAGGAGGCGUUGCUGCUAAUUCAUGACAGGAUUUUAGAGAGCGAUCCGGGGUUUGUUGAGGAGGAGGAUGAGUACGGUGGAGGAAGAGGCGGUGGCGGGAGCAAGCGAGUGUCUAGUAGGUUGAUUGUUUCGAAAAUGCAUGUUGGGUGUUUGUUGGGAAAAGGAGGGAAGAUAAUUGAACAAAUGAGGAUUGAAACGAAGACACAAAUUAGGAUUCUACCUAGAGAUCACAAUCUACCUCGCUGUGUUGCACUGUCUGAAGAGAUUGUUCAGGUUUCAGGGGACAUUCAUAAUGUUAAGACUGCUUUUCAAAUCAUAUCUUCCCGGUUGAGGGAGAGUCAGCAUCGUGAUCGUAGUUUGGGUGGUGGUGGUGGUGGUGGUGGUCAUUUCCAUGGACGCGGAUAUUCGCCAGAGCGUUAUUACGCCCCUGAUGAUGAUUAUGUUCCGUAUGUGACUAGUGGUUCUCGGAGAUCAUCUGUGGAGAGGGCUAGUUUUGGAUCUCGAGCAGCUAACACCAAUUCCAGAAACAAUAACCGGAGCUCGUUAGCUUAUGUAAUGGAUAGGGGGAUUUCUCCUGUGGCUGAUGAUGGACAACCCUUCUAUGAUGCCCUUGUUUUUCGUAUACUUUGUCCAGUUGAUAGAGUCGAUCGCAUUGUUGGGGAAUCAGAUGGAAUUAUGGGGCUUCUUCAGAAUGAAGUUGGCGUAAAUGUUAAGGUCGCUGAUCCUGUUGGCGGCUCCGAUGAACAGAUAGUUAUCAUUACUUCAGAUGAGGGUCCCGAUAAUUCGAUGUUCCCAGCUCAGGAAGCUUUGUUACAUAUACAAACCCGCAUUGCUGAUCUUGUUCUAGAUAGGGAUAAUAUAAUUACCACCAGGCUUGUUGUCCCUAGAAGGGACAUUGAAUGCUUAGAUGGAAACAAUGCAUCACUGUCCGAAAUAGGGAGAUUGACUGGCGCAAGUAUUCAAAUAAUUCCUAGAGAAGAACUACCGCCCUGCGUUGCAAACACCGAUGAAUUGGUUCAGAUUGUGGGAGAGAUAAAAGAAGCCCGAGAAGCUGUUCUUGAUGUGACUUCAAGAUUAAGAAGUUAUGUCUAUAGGGAUUUCUUGCAAAGGGACACAGUUCCUCCAUCUGCCCCCUUUCCUGGUGUGGAUGCAUCUUCUUCUCAUAACAUGGCCACAGUUGCUGAACCUGCCACUACCAAUCAGAAUGUGCAAAGUGUGGCAGUAGCCCUUGCGUCAAAGGAAACUGGUGGAUCUAGCACUGAGUCGGGAAAGCAGAAAGAAAGUGAUCGCCGUGAUGAUUUGCCUAGUGGUUUAAAUAGGGCCGUGUCUCUUGUCACGAGGAGUAUACUUGAAGUUGUCAUACCAGAGUAUGCAGUUCCAAAGCUUUUGGCAAAAUCCAAAAGCAAGCUUGCCCAGAUAAGUGAGUUAUCGGGAGCCAGUGUAACGCUUAUAGAGGAUAGACCAGAUGAGAAAGAGAAGAUUAUUCAGUUAGCCGGUACUCCAGAGCAGGCAGAGAGAGCGCAAAGCUUACUCCAAGGAUUUAUUUUGAGCACCCAAGAAGAUGGUCCUUAAGCGAUGGUUGUACCAAAAGCCGGUUAGUCUAAUGAAUUGUUUCAUUAAUUUUGUUGCAUGGGCCAUUUUGUUCCAUGUACUGAUCGGUUUUCCAAGUCUACAAUUGGUGACUCCUAGAAUUGGGUUUUUUACUUUAUUGAGAGAAGCAUUCUACUGUAAAUGUUACAAAUAGAGUUUCUCUCUUAAUUUUUUUAAUAUUUUCAGCAAGUACUUGGGAGCACUUGCUGCUUACAUUGGAGUGUUUUCCUGAUCUAUUAAUUUAUUGAUCAGGCCAUCAAAAGUUUUCUUUGAACGGUUUA